AUGGCCAACACGGAGUGCACCUUCAUUGUCAUCAAGCCGGACGGCGUGCAGCGCGGCCUGGUGGGCGACAUCAUCAAGCGCUUUGAGCAGAAGGGAUUCCGUCUUGUGGCCAUGAAAUUCAUGAAGGCCUCUGAGGAGCACCUGAAGCAACAUUAUAUUGACCUGAAGGACCGCCCAUUCUUCCCGGGCCUGGUGAAGUACAUGAAUUCAGGACCAGUUGUGGCCGUGGAACAUCAUUCAUGGCAGCGAUUCAGUAAAAAGUGCUGA